AUGAGGCUGAAUGAUUCAUACUCACAAGCUAGGAGUCAAAUUCUGAUGAGAAGUCUUGUUCCUAUAGUAAAUCAAGCCUAUGCACUGAUUGUGAGUGAUGAAGGUCAAAAAUCUAUUGUUGCAACUUCAGGAAUCUUGGGAUCUUACCCUACAAGCCAAGUAGGAAACUAUGAGGUUUCUAUGUACUCAAAAUCUAGUGCAAAUCAGAAUCAGAAUCAGAGAUUUAGAAGGAAUUAUAAUAUUUACUGUGACUACUGUAAAAUGAAAGGACAUAGUAAAGAAAACUGCUAUAAGAUUGUGGGAUAUCCUGCAGAUUUCAAGAACAAGAGGAGAAUGAAUGCUGGGACAAAUGCAACAUAUAAUGUGAAUUUACUGAUAGAAUCCAAUCAGUCUAAUGAUCAACAAUCAAACUCAAUGUCUGUGUUCAAUUAUGGGCAAAAUACAAAUGUGCAAGAUCAGACAAAACCAGGGACUAAUGCUCAAGCUCAAGGACCUAAUCCAAAUAUGAAGAAGUCAGGUAUUGAAAACUAUGUUCUUACAAAGUCUCAGUAUGAACAGAUUCUGCAAAUGUUGAAUAACACUAGUGUAUCAAGCUCAACCACUGCAGCUAAUGUGGGAGGUAUGGAUACAUCCUUACUAGUGUCUGAUUGCCUUAGUCAAUGGAUUAUAGACAUAGGGGCUAUCAAUCAUAUGGUAGCUGACAAAAAAUUACUAGAUGAAAGGACAGUAAAUGAAUCAAACAAUCUAAAGAAAGUUUUACUUCCUAAUGGAGAUAUUACAACUGUCACUCAUACAGGAGCAAGUUCUAUAUUAGAAAACAGUGUUAUAACUAAUGUGUUUUAUGUCCCUCAAUUCAAGUAUAACUUGCUAUCGGUUUCUAAGCUAACCAAAGAGUCGCAAUGCUCAGCAACAUUUUUCCUUGAUUUUUGUGUAUUUCAGGAACUCUUCACUGGGAAGGUGAAAGGGAUUGGUAAAGAGAAUGGUGGAUUAUAUCUUCUGUAUACUAAUACAGCUGAAAGGAACAGAAUGAUAGCUAUGACUGCAAAGGAAAAUGACACAAAUAAGAGUGAACAAUCAGAUAUAGUGCUGUGGCAUAGAAGAUGUGGUCAUAUGUUCACCCAGACUCUUAAAAAAAUAAUACAUAUAGAUACUGAUACUAUCAGAAAUAGAAUAAAUAAGUGCACUAAAUGCUUAAUUGAAACUAAGGCUGUAUUGUGGCCUGGGCCUGGCCCGGGACCAGCCCAGGACCGCGGGCCUAACGGGCCGGUUCAACCGGGCCUGAUCUCUAGUGGUGUAAAAGUCUGUGGUGGGCCGAUGUUUAAAGAGUUAGGAACCAUACAUCAAAGAACUUGUGUGUAUACACCUCAGCAGAAUGGUGUAGCUGAGAGGAAACACAAACAUAUAUUGGAAGUUACAAGGGCUAUUAGAUUUCAAGCUCAAAUACCUAUUAAGUUUUGGGGUUACUGUGUUCGAGCUGCUGUAUAUCUAAUAAAUAGAAUGCCUAGUGUUGUUAUUGGCAACAUAUCUCUAUUUGAAAGACUACAUAAAAGAAAGCCAUCUCUUAUGCAUCUUAGAAUAAUAAGAUGCCUGUGUUUUGCAAAAACAGUACAAGAACAUGACAAGUUAAUGCCUAGAGCUAAGCUGGCUAUUCACAUGGGGUACUCAGAAGUCCAAAAAUGGUAUAUUUUAUAUGAUCCAACUAACAAAUCUUUCUUCACAAGCAGAGAUGUCAUAUUUAGAGAAGAUGUGUAUCCAUUCACAAAAAAGGACAAUAGUCAUUCACAGGUGUUUGUAGAUAUAACUCCAGAAUUGAGAAUGAUGUAUGAUCAUCCAAUACUAUCUCAAAACAGAAAUGCAAAUACAACUACAAAUGUUGGUGACAACUCAGAACCUAGUGGAACUAAUAUACAACAGAAUACAGAAAGUGACAAUACAGAUAUGCUUACAGACUAUAGUGAAAAUGAUAUGCAACACAACAUUGAAGAAAACUGCAUAGAUGUAGUUCAAGCUCAAACAGAUGAAGGGUUAGGUUCAGAUGCUACACAAACUAAUACCUUGCAAACACCAUGUAUUUAUUGA